AUGGGGUUUCUGCAGCGUGUCCUCAAGCGCUUGCCCUCGACCCCGUCAGCCGAAGACUGGAAGAAUGAAAAAUCAAAGUCCAUGUCAAAAUUAUCCUUUUUCCGCAGGCGCGUCAAGUUAAAAGGGAAUUCGUCAAUAUCAAUACCUCUGGGGUUUCUGCUACUCUUCCCCAGUCUGGUGGUCAUAUUAAUUCUCAUCCUUGUGGUCAAGCACCCUAACUCACCGGGACGCAUAUUAGUCCCGGCAGGGACACCGCCUUCCAUCAGAAAAAUCAGCGAAAAGCACGACAAGGUAUUUGCUACAGGAUGCCUAAACCCGGAUGAAGCUGCCAAACAGCCGCGUGCAAACGCUGCUUUCGUUGUCCUGGCCCGAAAUAAGGAGUUGGAAGGAGUAAUACAAUCGAUAAAAAGCAUCGAGCGACAUUUCAACCGGUGGUUUCAUUAUCCCUACGUGUUCCUGAACGAUGGCGAAUUCGAACAGUCAUUCAAAGACACAGUGACAAAUUACACCAGCGGUCCGUCCGAGUUCGGGAAGAUUGAUGCGUCGAUGUGGGGGUAUCCGGACUGGGUUGAUCAUGAGGUUGCAAGAGAAGGUAUUCGCAAACAGGGAGAUGCUGCAAUCAUGUACGGUGGCAUGGAGAGUUACCACCACAUGUGUCGCUUCUACUCGGGGUUUUUCUACAAGCAUGAGCUGCUGCAGAAGUACGAAUGGUACUGGCGCCUUGAGCCAGAGAUCAAGUACUUUUGUGACAUCACCUACGACCCCUUCAUCGAGAUGAUCAAAUCAAACAAAACUUACGGGUUCACCAUUGCGGUCAAGGAACUGAAGGAAACCGUGCCCAACAUCUUCAGAUAUGCAUCUGCCUACAAGCGGAAGAACAACAUUCAGUCGCAAGGUCUUUGGGAGAUGUUUGUCGAACCCAAACCGGAAAAGAAGGAAUCUGCGGACGAAAACCGAGCCAAAACGUUACCAAACGAGAUUUUGCAAACUGAGCCGGGACACCAGAACAUCGAGGAUAUUGAUCCGGAAGCCAUGGAAGGAGAAAAAUACAACAUGUGCCAUUUCUGGAGCAACUUUGAGAUUGCAAGGCUGGACUGGUUCAGGAGCCAAGAAUACAACGAUUUCUUCGACAUGAUGGAUAAGAGUGGUGGAUUUUGGAUGGAAAGGUGGGGAGAUGCUCCCAUUCAUUCUCUCGCAGCCGGGGCACUAUUAGCACCACGAGACAUCCACUAUUUCCGCGAUAUUGGAUACAGGCAUACGACAAUCCAACAUUGCCCCGCAAACGCCCCAGCAAGACAGCUUCCGCAUCUUCCCUUCUACGAGAAGACGACUGAAGAUGACAAGGAACGAAAGGAGGAAGACGACUACUGGGCAAUGCCCGAUACUCCCAAGGAGAACGGCGUAGGCUGCCGAUGUCGAUGCGAUACGGAUAUCCGUGAUGUGGAAGGCAAAGAGGGUAGUUGCUAUGCUGAAUGGGUAGAGGUGGCUGGCGGCUAUGCUUCUCCUUGA